AUGCGCGGCGGGCGGUUAGACGUUACGGGGCGAAUCGAACGUUCGGAGGCUUCGGAGUUGCCCUGCACCGCGCGCGACGCUUUGUUUGCCGCCGCUGCCAACGCCGCCUCGUGCCACGUGGCCGCGAGCAGCCGCGGCGGCGGCGGCAGCUCAGCGUGCAGCGGCGCAGUGGCAGUAAGUAAAGUCGAAGUAAAGGAAGCGGCGCACGAUGAGCAGGACGACGCGGAGGGUGGGCGCCGGGAUUGGGAUGAGGACCCGCUCGGGUUCGACACCAACCCGAUGCUGCUCCGCGCCAUGUGCAUCACAGGCAGCCCGUGCCUUUUGGCGCAGCCGAUGGCCGAACCGCCUCGCCAAGACCCCGACAUCGCCUCGCGUGUGCUGUCGGGCAUCUACGAGCUCGCCUGCUCGUCGGGGCGCGGCGAGCCCAUGCCCCGCGCCGUGGCCGACCUCCUCGAGCAGCGGGGCGUGCAGCCCGCCGACGCGCGCGCCGAGAACUGGAAGCGGGUGCGUCAGCUGCAGACCGUCUCCGCCGGCGCGACGCCGCUCGGCGAAGCGCUGGGUGCGCUCGACAGGCUCGUUGCGUCCCUCGGCAUCGACGACGCAUCCGAAGCGUUGGUCGGCCUCCGGGUCGUGCUGGAGCACCUGCGCGCGACGCCCGCCAGCUGGAGGGAGGGCAAGCGCGCCCUCGACCGCCACUUCUCCCGCCCGCGCUUCAAGGCGGAGAAGUCGUGCGUGAGGCUCCUCACCGACGCGCUCGAGAGCGCGUGCAAGGGGGAGGUUGCAAAGGCAGCCCCUCUCCUCCAGCGGCACUCGGCCGAGCACCUGCAGGGCAUGAUCGACGAGUACCUCUCCGACCACGUCCGCCCUCUCCUGCCUCACCCUCGGCUGAUCAGCAUCGAGCUCGGAGAGGGCGAGGACUGCGCCGACAAGGACCGCGCCGACAAGGAGGGUGCCGACGAGGACCGCGCCGACGAGGACCGCGCCGAGGACCGCGCCGACGAGGAGGGCGCCGACGAGGGCGAGGCGGCCCGCCCGCCACAGGAGGCGCCGACGGUGCGCGGGGCGCGCGCGCAAGCACGCGCACGCGCGGCCCCUGCGGAGGC